GUUGGUUGUGUGGAGUCGCUGGGCGCCGGGCUGAGGAGAGAUGCGGCGCCGCUGCUGCUGCCUCCUGCUGCUCCUGGCGCUGCUGUGCGAGCCGGGCCGCGGCGGCGAGCCCGGGCCGGGCGCUGUUACCUGCGGGUCGGUGCUGAAGCUGCUCAACACCCGCCACAACGUGCGGCUGCACUCGCAUGAGGUCAAGUACGGAUCGGGAAGUGGGCAGCAGUCGGUGACUGGAGUUGAAGCUUCAGAUGAUGCUAACAGUUACUGGCGGAUUCGAGGGAAAAAUGACGACACUUGCCAACGAGGAACACCAGUGAAGUGUGGGCAAGCAAUACGGCUUACCCACGUUAACACAGGAAAAAACUUACACACACAUCACUUUCCAUCACCGCUGUCCAAUAAUCAGGAAGUAAGUGCCUUUGGUGAUGAUGGUGAAGGAGAUGACUUGGAUAUAUGGACAGUACAGUGCAGUGGGACACACUGGGAGCGGGAGGAUGCAGUGCGUUUCAAGCACAUAGGAACUGACGUCUUCCUUUCAAUAACGGGAGAACAAUAUGGCCACCCAAUCAGAGGCCAACGGGAAGUUCAUGGCAUGAAUUCUCCUAAUCAUCACAACUACUGGAUGGCAAUGGAAGGCGUUUUCAUUAAACCCAGCAUGGACCCUGCAAAACACGAUGAGCUAUGAAUGGUUAAAGGACUUUAAUGUAUCUGUUAAUCCAGGAGUAGGAGUUGCCAGUCCUGGGUCUCUUGUAAAUAGUCUUGUCUGUUUAACUGACUCUCUGUACAACAGAAGGGCAUUAGGAUAUUCUAGGAAUGCAACACUUCUGUGGGCAACUGCAAUUUCCUGGAUCACAUAUUGAAAUUUGUUUGGCAUAGUAGUGCUUGAAUUUUCUAAUUUAAUUGGUGGAAAAAGCUUGUGUUUCUACUAGUUUUCACUGUAAUUCCCUUUGCUUAUUACUUUCUUCCCCUCUAUCCAAUCCAAAAGGAAGUGACAGAUUUGAAGUAAAGCAUCUCUCUGAUCAAUCUCAAAUAUAAUGCAAAUUUAUAUUUUUGUGUUCCGUCUGCAGUUAUAAUUAAAAUUUUGGAAACUA